UGAAUGGAAAAAACACUUGAAAUAUGACUCGAGCUACAUGCAUAUGUGGUUUGAAACGUUGUUUGUCAUUUUAAUUAUAAUAAUUAUUAUUAUUAGCCUAUGUAUGUUUUAAAGUCCGUAUGUGAAGAAACUUUUGUAUUUCCAUAGCGCUCAAAACCAAGGGAUUUCCACUCAUUGUGCUACACUUUUGCUUUCAUCAUGCGUGGACUUUGUAUAACAGCUCGUAUAGUCUGUGCCAGUGGUCAUUUCGUUAUCGAUAUCUUUAUUCUCAGUCACACUUAUCAGCGAGGUCUGUGGUUCAGCGGUAAAGUGCAUCAGGCUGUUAUUUCAUGACUGAAGUCUAGACUCGGUGAAGAUGGCGAUGUGUGCGGUGCUCCGAUGCGUUUCGGCAAACUUCUCGGCAGCGUUGCCCCUGCUCACGAGACCUGCACAUAUCUGGACGUGCCAAAAUUCGCGAAGACCAAACAUGUUAAGGACGCUUUACACGACGAGCUCGCGGCUCUCGGGAGCUCUGAAGUUCACAGACAAACACGAAUGGGUGAGAGUGGAAGGGACUGUGGGCACGGUUGGCAUCAGCAACUUUGCUCAGGAAGCGUUAGGUGAUGUGGUAUACUGUGGGCUUCCAGAAGUGGGAACAAAGCUUGAACAAAUUGAGGAGUUCGGUGCUUUAGAAAGCGUCAAAGCUGCUAGUGAGUUGUAUUCUCCACUGACUGGAGAGGUGACCGAAAUCAACACAAAUCUGGCAGAUAACCCGGGACUUGUAAAUAAAGCCUGCUAUGAAGACGGAUGGUUGAUUAAGAUGACCAUAGAGAAACCUGCAGAACUUGAUGAACUCAUGGAUGAAGCUGCUUAUGAAAAAUUCAUCAAAUCCCUUGAUUCAUAAAGGUGUUCAGACCUUCGUUAUUUGUUAUUAUUGAUCAUUCAGAGCCUUUAAGGAUUCCCAAUGGCUACUCUAGAAUGCCGGUGGUAGAAUUAGUACUAAUACAAUUCUUUGAAAUCUAUUUAUUUUGAUUUUGUAAUUUUCUUUUCCGCCAAAAUAAUCUUUUGUAAUGAGCUAGUUUAACAAACUCGUGUAUUUUGGAGUCAAAAGCCAAAUAUUUCGAGGGCUUUUGGAAACAGUUUGAGGUGCUUUACAUGGGCUCAAACAAAGAGAGGGCUGGUUCUGCUGAUUGUCUUAAAUAGUAUAUUUGUCAAUAUGAUGUGUGUGACAUUGACGUAACAUGACAUGCAAUAAAUUUGAAAAUGUAACAUU